GCUAUUUAAAUUCUAUUCUUUUUUAGGUAAUUAAUCUUUACUUUAAAAUCAUUUCAAAUUUUUCAUUGGUGGAUACUUAUGUAUUCGACACUCAUUUUUAUCCGCAAUUGAACAAAGGUUUUACAUAUGUCGAAAAAUGGACUAAAAACGUUGACAUUCUAGCAAAAAAUAUUAUUUUCAUUCCAAUCCAUUUGGGAAACUACUGGACGUUAUGUGUCGUCGAUAUUAUUGAGACAUACCUAACUACGAAAGAAAAGCAGCAAUGUCCGAAAGAAUAUUCUGCUGCAAAACCGAGGAAAUGGGCAAAAAAGCAUGCUAAAGUACGUAUUCAAUUACUGUUGUAUUAUUUAAAUUCUUUGUAAUUUACGAAUUUAAAAAAACCAUUGAACGCGGUUUUCCUAAUUCAUGUUAGUAAUGAUCAAACAAAAAUAAUAAAAGUAU